AUGCGAGCUGGCUCCUCUUUCCAAUGCCCCCAUGCCUCUCAGCAGACAAGCCCACUUCUCAAGGCUGUCCAGGUUUUCACAGUUACAAUGCGCUUCUUCAGUCUCUUAACCACCGCCCUCAGCGGCACCCUUGCGGCAGCCGCCUCUCUCCAGCAAGUGACCAGCUUCGGCGCCAACCCCUCGGGGGCCAAGAUGUACAUCUACGUCCCGGACCGCGUGGCCGCGAACCCCGCCAUCAUUGUCGCGAUCCACUACUGUUCCGGCACAGCCAACGCGUAUUACUCCGGCACGCCCUACCGCGGGUACGCAGACACCUACGGGCUAAUUGUCAUCUACCCAGAGUCGCCCUACAGCGGGACAUGCUGGGACGUGAGCUCGCCGGCGUCGUUGACUCACAAUGGCGGCGGAAACAGCAAUGCCAUUGCGAACAUGGUGACGUAUACUCUGGACAAGUAUAAUGGCGACAAGAGCAAGGUGUUUGUCACGGGAACGUCUUCAGGGGCUAUGAUGACGAACGUCAUGGCAGCAACCUACCCCGAACUCUUCGCCGCCGGCAUCGCCUACUCCGGCGUCCCCGCAGGUUGCUUCUACACCGGCACCGUGAACGGGUGGAACUCGACUUGCAGCCAAGGCCAGUCCAUCUCCACACAGGCCGUCUGGCGGCAGACAGCGCUCAACAUGUACCCCGGAUACUCGGGCCCCCGGCCGCGGAUGCAGAUCUACCACGGCAGCGCCGACACGACGCUGUACCCGCAGAAUUGGAACGAGACGAUCAAGCAGUGGACUGGCGUGUUCGGGUACAGCUUGACGGCGCAACAGACGCUGCCCGGGACGCCGAGCGGGCAGUACACCAAGUACGUGUACGGGCCGAACCUGGAGGGUAUCUACGGGUCGGGCGUCGGUCACAGCGUGCCGGUCAUGGGGGCGGAGGAUUUGAAGUGGUUUGGCAUUACGGGCGGUUCGGGACAGCCCGGCACGACGACGGUGAGCUCGGCGCCGCCUCCGGCUACGUCUACGGCAGCCCCGCCUGGUGGCUGCACGGCGAAACGGUGGGAUCAGUGCGGCGGGAACGGGUUCAGCGGGUGCACUGUUUGCGCCAGCCCUUAUACUUGCCAGAAGGCCAACGACUGGUACUCUCAGUGCCUGUGA